AUGGAGAGCCAAAUGAUGGCGGCAUCAUCGUCGUCGUCGACGCCGUCGUCAAAGGCCGUGCCUCCGCAAAGCGGAAUGGGCGCGGGGGGCAGUGCAAGGGACAACGCCGCAUCAGCAUCAGCAUCAGCAUCAGCAUCAGCCUCGGUCCCUAGAAAGAAAUCACGGCGCGGCACCGAUCCAGGGAAUCAAAAGCGGCGCUGUGUCAGCACCGCAUGUAUCGCAUGCCGCAAACGCAAGAGUAAAUGCGACGGUGCCAACCCGAGCUGCGCCGCGUGCGCCAGCGUCUACGGUACCGAGUGUGUAUACGAUCCAAACUCGGACCACCGUCGCAAGGGCGUUUACAAGGAAAAGAUCGACAGUAUGAAGGCGCAGGGCUCCACGCUGCAGAUCCUCAUCGAGGCCAUCCUCAAUGCCGCCGAGGACGACGUGCCCAACAUUGUAAAGAGGAUAAGGACAUGCGACAGCCUCGAUGCAGUCGCCGACGCCCUUGUCAAGGAGGAACGUGCUGCGGCUUCCAAGGAGGAGGACGACUUCUCCUCGCGCAUGGAUGAUGAGUACACGACGGACGGACCUACCGAGGGCGAAAGGGAUCUCGCUCGCAAAAUGGGUGAGCUGCGGCUCGAAAACGGUCUUGUGCGCUUCAUUGGUGGAACUUCUCAUUUGAUAUACACUGGCGAUCCACAAGAGUCGCACAGGAGACCAGAAACCGAGGGCCUCGCUCUCGAUACCAUGGACCCUCUAACCACUUGGACGAGGGUCACCACCGAUACUCAUCUCAUCAUCCACCUGCUCAACAUGUACUUCAACUGGCACUACCCAUACUUUACCGCCAUCUCAAAGAAGCUCUUUUACAGGGAUUUGCUAGAAGGCAGACCGAGGUCGCCGCCCACGCGAACCACCUACUGCUCGUCGCUGCUCGUCAACGCAAUACUGGCUCUGGCAUGCCACUUCACAAAUGUACCGGGCGCAUAUGCCUUGCCGGGUGACAGCGGCACGAAAGGAGAUCAUUUUUUCGCCGAAGCCAAGCGGCUGAUUGUAGAGAACGGUGAGUAUGAACAGCCACGGCUGACGACGGUUCAGGCCCUCGCCAUCAUGUCGGUGAUCGAGGCGGGCAAUGGGAGAGAAGCCAAGGGGUGGGUUUAUAGCGGCAUGAGCUUCCGGAUGGCUCAGGAUAUUGGACUCAACCUGGAUCCCGGAUCGAUGGCGGCGUCAGGACUGGAUGAAGAGGAGAUCGAUGCGCGACGAGUGACCUACUGGGGCUGCUUCCUGUUCGACAAGUGCUGGUCCAACUACCUUGGAAGGUUACCACAGCUGUUGAGGAGCAACUGCAACGUUCCCAAGUACGACGUUUUCCCGGACGAGGACGCAGAGAUGUGGUCGCCUUAUACGGACAGCGGCUACGACCAGUCGUCGGAGCAGCCAUCUCGGGUGCGCGCUGUCGGGCUUCAACUAGUGAAACUCUCCGAGAUCAGCAGUGACCUGCUUCUCUUUUUCUACCACCCCAAACACAUCGGCAGGUCCAGUGGCAAGUCGGUCGAAUUGAAGAAGCUGAGCGAACUACACCGACGACUUGAGGAGUGGCGGAAAGAGUUGCCCGCGGAAUUUGAGCCCAAGGACGGCCAGCUACCAAAUGUUAUCCUGGUGCACAUGUUCUUUCACCUGCAGUACAUACACUUGUUCAGGCCGUUCCUGAGGUAUGCUCCGGCAAACUCGCCGCUUCCAGCACACGUGUCGCCUCGCCGUAUAUGCACUGCCAACGCUGGUGCCAUCUCCAAGUUGAUGCGGUUAUACAAGAAGACGUACAACCUGCACCAAAUACCCAAUAUAGCUGUGUACAUGCUACAUUCGGCAUGCACAAUACAUCUACUGAACCUGCCUGAAAAGGCUGCCAGGCGGGAUAUCAUACACGGGGUGAAGCACCUCGAGGAGAUGUGUGAGGAUUGGCUCUGUGCGCGGAGGACGUUGAGCAUUUUCAGUGUGCUGGCACGAAAAUGGCACGUCGAGCUACCUGCCGAGGCUUCAGUCGUUUUGAAGCGUACAGACGAGAAGUACGGAACGUUCAGUACUGCCGAGGUACCAUCACCAGGCAUGUACGCCAACACGACACCUAGUGCGGGCUGCGGUUCCGCCGGCUCACCCCUGAGCGUGACCGUCACGAACCUGCCCCAACCCGUAACUCAAGAAUCGGACCAGAACCAGCAGCAGCAGCAGCAGCAGCAGCAGCAAUAUGCGCCCGCUGGCAUAAGCCGAAGGAAUUCGAAAAGGGAUUCACAGACGCCUCAGGAAUCCAUGCAUACACCCGUGCACCCAAGCAUGUUAAGUGGAUAUGAAUCAGUCCCGCGGGCAGUGAACAAGCAGCAGCAGCAGCAGCAGCAGCAGACUGUGGUCUCGCACGUGGCAAAAUCUGUACCCUACGCGACAAGCAACAACACGACUUGCGUAAACCCCAACGUGCCAAUAUCUAUGGGCGAUGCGAUGGCUGCUAUGAACUCGUGGGGAAUCUCGCCCGUCUCCCAACAACAGACUCAGACGAUACCGGCCUAUCAGCAUCAUCAGCAUCAACAAGCGUCGCAGAUGCAGGGGCAAUCACAGCGGCCACGUCAAUACUCGUCGAUGCAUCACAAUGGCCACAACGUAGCCGGCAACCCGUCAUCAGCAAGUCGAGCCUCACCUACAACGACCAACCGCCAGGUGGCGCCGCAAUUCCUAGGCACGCUUGACGGCCAGGAGUGGUUCCUGAAGGACAGUGUAAACUGGCAUCAGAACUUUGAGGCGUGGGGGUUGGGAGACGGCGUGCAGGGCAACGUAGGGGGCCAGGCAGCGGGAGGCAUGGGCGGCCCCACGGGCACCGGAGCCGGCAUGCCUGAUGCAGCAAGUAUGUUCAUGUUCAGGGGAGGUAGUGGCAUGCGCGAUAACGAUGGCGGGAUCGAUGUGUCUGUUUUUGACUCGCUUGAUACCACCAUGCAUGGGUUAGACCACCUGUCUGGUCUUGAAUGA